UUCGCAAGGGCCGGCCUUUAAUGGUUUGGCAGCAAGAAAACAAUACCCGACAAUGCCCUCUCUCUCUCUCUCUCUCUCUCUCUCUAAGAAAAUUUCCAAAGUUCUCGUACAAGUACCCAACUAUACAUAAGAACAGUAGUUACAACUAGAAUAGCUUGAGCUCAUAGCACUUGGGGAAAAAUUCUCUCUUUUUUGUUUUCUUUCGAGUUUCUCUGAUACACUGAAACAUGGGAAGGUCACCUUGCUGUGAGAAGGCUCACACAAACAAAGGUGCAUGGACCAAAGAAGAAGAUGAGAGGCUCAUCGCGUACAUCAGGGCCCAUGGCGAGGGCUGCUGGCGGUCGCUCCCAAAGGCGGCGGGCCUCCUCCGUUGCGGCAAGAGCUGCCGCCUCCGGUGGAUCAAUUACCUGAGGCCUGACCUCAAACGCGGCAACUUCACCGAGGAAGAGGAUGAGCUCAUCAUCAAGCUCCAUGGCCUUCUUGGUAACAAGUGGUCUUUAAUUGCUGGGAGAUUGCCUGGGAGGACGGACAACGAGAUAAAGAACUACUGGAACACGCACAUAAGAAGGAAGCUCUUGAACCGAGGGAUCGAUCCGGCGACACACAGGCCAUUGAACGAGCCCGAGCAAGACGCAACCACCAUUUCGUUCGCAGCCGCUCCGUCAAAACAAGAACCGCUAGACGACGCCAUCUCCACCGUGCUCGGCUACAAGAACGAGAACAACCCGACAACAACAACGACAGCAACGGUUCAAGAAAGGUGCCCGGACUUGAAUCUUGAGCUCAGAAUAAGCCCUCCUUAUCAGCAGCAUCAUCAGCCUGAUGCGUCGACGGGAAUGGUUGAGAGAAAUCACUGCUUUGCCUGCAGCCUGGGGACGCAGAACAGCGAGGAGUGCAGUUGCAGGAGAGGAGCGAGCGGGGGAAGCAGCGCCCGUGGCGGCUACGACUUUUUGGGGUUGAAGACGAGCGUUUUGGAUUUCAGAACUUUGGAGAUGAAAUGAAAUCGAAACUUAUAUAAGUGGAUGGUUUUGGAUGUUCAAGCAGUUUUACAAAGAGAGAUGAGAAAGAGAUUUGCUAUUAGUUUAUAAUCUCUCCGGUGUUUCUCUUUUGUUUUUCUUCUCUUUGGGGGUCUAAUUUGUAAUGAUUAAUCUUAGCGCAUAGUUCUAUAUACUUAAUUCAAUUAGUACA